AUGAGUGAUAAGCCAGAUUUGUCUGAAGUGGAGAAGUUCGACAGAUCAAAAUUGAAGAAAACUAAUACUAAAGAAAAAAAUACUCUUUCCUCAAAGGAAACUAUCCAGCAGGAGAAAGAGUGUGUUCAAUCUUUGUAAGAUGGGAAUCUCCUCCCAAGAGCAGUUUUCAGCAAUGCUUGAGUGUCACGGUUUUGGGCUUGUUUUUUGUUUUUUGUUUGUAAACCUAUGAGCUUGUAGAGGUUUUAGGCACCUUCUGAUACUUCACACUCAUACUCCCUGGCUAAGAUGUCAGGAGUAGCCAAUGUUCCCUUAUAUUCAUUUUUAAACCUCCAUUGGUGCAUAAACUCCAGCUGGCAA